AUGGGAUCUGUCCCCGACGAGGCGAGGAUGACCCUGCUGGAGGAAGAGCAGGAGGCCUGCAACUACGCUAUGCAGCUUGUCAGCGCGUCCGUUCUCCCGAUGACUCUCAAGGCGGCCAUCGAGUUGAACCUCCUUGAGAUCAUCAGUCGGGGGGGUUCCGGAGCGCAACUCUUCCCCGAGGAGAUUGUCGCCCAGCUUCCCAUCGAGAACCCGGACGCGGCCGUCAUGGUCGACCGUAUCCUCCGCCUCCUCGCCAGUUACUCCAUCCUCACCUGCUCCAUCGUCGACGGCGAUGGCGGAAAGAUCCGUAGACGCUAUGGCCUGGCCCCUGUCGCAAGGUUCCUCACACAGAACGAGGAUGGCGUCUCCAUGGCCACCCUAGCGCUCAUGAACCAGGACAAGAUUCUCAUGGAGAGCUGGUAUUACUUGAAGGAAUCGGUUCAGCAGGGGGGAAUCCCCUUUAACAAGGCCUACGGAAUGACGGCGUUCGAGUACCAUGGGACCGACCCCAGGUUCAACACGGUGUUCAAUGCCGGCAUGUCCAACCACUCCACCAUCACCAUGAAGAAGAUGCUGGAGAUUUACCGGGGGUUCGACGGGCUCGGUGUUCUGGUGGACGUUGGCGGGGGUAUCGGCGCGACGCUCAACAUGAUCAUCUCCAAGAACCCAUCCAUCAAGGGUAUCAACUUCGAUCUCCCCCACGUCAUCGCCGAUGCGCCGUCCUUCCCAGGUACGACAGAGACCAGCACAGCUACAGUUCCCCGACCCAUUCACAUCCACUAAUUUCUCCUUACAACGGACGAACGGUGGGUAGGCGUUAAUGGAAAGAAUUGUCCUUUUUUCUUGGCCCAGGCGUGGAGCAUGUUGGCGGCGAUAUGUUCGAGAGCGUUCCCAGUGGAGACGCCAUCUUCAUGAAGGUAACCGACUCUCCCGUCGAGUUCCCCGCUUCCUGUCUUCCCAAUCUCCUCCAGUGUCUCAUUGAUUAAUCACGCUCUGUCGGAACUGUGUGUGCAGUGGAUCCUUCACGACUGGAGCGACGAGCACUGCCUGAAGGUUCUGAAGAACUGUUGGAAGGCGCUGCCGGAGCAGGGGAAGAUCAUCGUCAUGGAGGGAAUUCUGCCGGAGGCGCCGGAGACGACCAGGGAAGCACAGAGCCUGUUUCAACUGGACAUGAUCAUGCUCGCCCACAACCCCGGCGGCAAAGAAAGGACUGAGAAGGAUUUCCAGUCGCUGGCGAAGAGCGCGGGGUUCUCGGGGUUCGCCAAGGUGAGCACCGCCUUCGGCGUCUGGAUCAUGGAGUUCACCAAGUGA